AUGGCGUGCGUCUCAGUACCGGCGGCCACGGCGGAGAUGGAGCGCGCCUUCUCUCAUCUCCGGCCGGGCUUCCGCUUCCACCCCACGGAUCAGGAGCUCGUCGGCUUCUUCCUCCGGCGCAAGGUCCUCCUGGGACACGGCUGCUUCAUCCCCGAGGUGGACCUCUACAAGUUCGAGCCUCACCAGCUACCAGCCAUUUCAUUCUCACCGAGCACAAGCGACCCCGGGGCCAAAGUUGAGUGGUACUUUUUCGCUCCGAGGGGACGAAAGUACCCAACCGGGUUUCGCAUGGUGCGGGCGACGGUGAAAGGGUUCUGGAAGUCGACCGGGAAGGACCGCCCCGUCAUGCACAACGGCAUCGUUGUCGGCAUGAAGAAGACGCUGGUGUUCCACAUGGGCCGAGCACCUGGCGGCACGCGGACCAACUGGGUCAUGCACGAGUACCGUCUUCACGACCACCGCAACAACCACAUUGAGGACACAUACGCGUUGUGUCGGGUCUUCAACAAGAACAUGGCGUCCCUGUCGACGAAUGCGUCCGGUGAUGCUGACACAGAUGAGGAUCUAAUGCAGUUCAUGCCCAGUGUCAUCGACAUAGGCAAGGAUCUAAUGGAGUAUGUGUCUGAUGGCACCGGCUUGCACAAGGAUCCUAAGCAUUUCGUGCUUGGCAUUGUCAGUACGGACAAGGAUAUGAUGGAGUACGGGACCUGCAGCACCGACUCGAACAAGGAUCUGAACAAGUUCAUGCUUGACAGCGUCGACUCGGUCCGGGAUCUCAUGCAGUCUAUGCUCGAUGGAAUCGGGACCGACAAGGAUCCCAUACAGGUCCAGGUUGAGUCUGAUGGUGCCGACGCGGAGAAUGAUUUUAUGAAGUCUGUCUUCGGUGGCGUUGGCGCGGACAUGGAUCUCAUACAUGUCGAGUCCGAGUCCGAUGUUGCCCACGCGAACAAGGAUGUGAUGCAGUACACCCUUGGCAGCGGCGGCACAAACAAGAAUCACAUACAUGUCGAGUUCGUGUCCGAUGAAGCUGACACGGACAAGGAUGUGAUGCAGUUCGCGUUCGGUGGCAUGGGCACAUACCAGAAUCCCAUACAGAUCGAGUCUGAGGUCGAUGGUGUUGACACUGAUGAGGGAGAGAAGCAGUUCCUCACCGAUGGCGACGACACGGGCAAUGGAGAGAUGCCAAUUCUUGCUGAUGGGGAUAACUCAUGGUACACCAAAUACCUUGAGGAGGAGGAUAACUCAUGGACGCAGUUCCCUUUCACCGAUGUCUUGUACACUGGCGAUGAUAUGGGAAUGAUUCCUUAA